AUGUUAUUGGUACCAGACAGCUUACUCGGACCUUCGAAGGAAGGAGGAAGCUCGGCAUCGAACAGUACAACUUUUACGAUAUCUGAACUCGACAAGUUGGUCCAGUUCGUCCAGCAACACGCCGAGCGCGACCGUCUAGUGCUCAUUUUUUGGUCCUCGCGAAACCCUGAGACGGGCAAGAUGUGGUGUCCGGAUUGCGAAGAAAUGGAAACCAAUCUCAGCAAUGUUCUUAAAUACCAAGACCUCGAGUCGAUCACCACUCCUUCUAGUAGCAGUGGUCCCGACCAACCAUCGGGUCAAACCGGGCACCAUUUGGUGUAUGUGUAUGUCGGUGACCGCGAUCAAUGGAAGGAUCCCGAGAACCCAUUCCGACGCUCUCCCUGGAACCUGACCAAGAUCCCAACGGUCCUCAAACUUUGUCCUAGUCCUCCAUCCAAUACCAACCUCAAUUCCGAGAUCGCCGUUAAUGAUCAACAUCGAUUAGUCGAAAACGACGCCAAUGAUUUCAAGAAAUUGUUGGACUUUCUGGCCUAA